AUGAAGGAUGUGGAGGCGGGCCGGGGCCGCGUGCUCCUGAACUCGGCUGCCCGCGGGGACGGCUUGCUGCUGUUGGGCACCAGCGCCGGCGCGCUUGGCGGCGGCGGCGGCUUCAGGGAGAACCGCCGGGCGAAGCACGGAGCCCGGAUGAGCCUGCUGGGGAAGCCGCUGGCUUACAACAGUAGCCAGAGCUGCCGGAGGAACGUCAAGUAUCGGCGGCUGCAGAAUUAUCUGUACAACGUACUGGAGAGACCCCGAGGGUGGGCGUUCAUCUACCACGCGUUCGUCUUUCUCCUUGUCUUUGGUUGCUUGAUUUUGUCAGUGUUUUCUACCAUCCCUGAACACACAAAAUUGGCUUCUAGUUGCCUCUUGAUUCUGGAGUUUGUGAUGAUUGUCGUCUUUGGUUUGGAGUUCAUCAUCCGUAUCUGGUCAGCUGGUUGCUGCUGUCGCUACAGAGGAUGGCAAGGAAGAUUGCGAUUUGCCAGAAAACCAUUCUGUGUUAUAGAUACCAUUGUUCUCAUCGCUUCAAUAGCAGUUGUUUCUGCAAAAACUCAGGGUAAUAUUUUUGCAACAUCCGCACUCAGAAGUCUUCGUUUCCUACAGAUCCUCCGCAUGGUGCGUAUGGACCGAAGAGGAGGAACUUGGAAAUUAUUAGGUUCAGUUGUCUAUGCUCACAGCAAGGAAUUAAUCACAGCUUGGUACAUAGGAUUUUUGGUUCUUAUUUUUUCAUCUUUCCUUGUCUACCUGGUGGAAAAGGAUGCAAAUAAACAGUUUUCUACUUAUGCAGAUGCUCUCUGGUGGGGUACGAUCACAUUGACAACGAUUGGCUACGGAGAUAAAACUCCCCUAACUUGGCUCGGAAGAUUGCUUUCUGCAGGUUUUGCCCUCCUUGGCAUUUCUUUCUUUGCGCUACCCGCUGGUAUUCUUGGCUCAGGAUUUGCACUAAAAGUGCAGGAACAGCACCGCCAGAAACACUUUGAGAAAAGAAGGAAUCCAGCUGCCAGCCUAAUUCAGUGUGUAUGGCGUAGUUAUGCAGCUGAUGAGAAAUCAGUUUCCAUUGCUACCUGGAAGCCUCAUUUGAAGGCCUUGCAUACCUGCAGUCCUACCAAGAAAGACCAAGGGGAAGCGUCCAGCAGCCAGAAGCUAAGUUUUAAAGAACGGGUCCGGAUGGCUAGCCCAAGAGGUCAGAGUAUCAAAAGCAGACAAGCAUCGGUGGGAGACCGGCGAUCGCCAAGCACAGACAUCACGGCUGAGAGCAGCCCAACCAAAGUGCAGAAAAGCUGGAGUUUCAAUGACCGAACUCGCUUCAGACCUUCCCUGCGUCUCAAAAGUUCUCAGCCAAAGCCAGUAAUAGAUGCUGACACCGCUCUUGGAACAGAUGAUGUAUAUGAUGAGAAAGGAUGUCAAUGUGAUGUUUCAGUAGAAGACCUCACCCCACCACUGAAAACUGUCAUUAGGGCCAUCAGAAUUAUGAAGUUCCAUGUGGCAAAAAGGAAGUUUAAAGAGACAUUACGUCCCUAUGAUGUGAAAGAUGUCAUUGAGCAAUACUCUGCUGGACAUCUGGACAUGCUUUGCAGAAUCAAGAGUCUUCAAACACGCGUUGAUCAAAUUCUUGGAAAAGGGCAAAUCACAUCAGAUAAGAAGAGCCGAGAGAAAAACACUGCAGAGCUGGAAACUGCAGAUGACCUCAGCAUGCUAGGCCGUGUGGUCAAGGUUGAGAAACAGGUACAGUCUAUAGAAUCAAAACUGGACUGCCUACUAGACAUAUAUCAACAGGUCCUAAGGAAAGGCUCUGCAUCAGCCCUGACUUUGGCUUCAUUUCAAAUUCCACCUUUCGAAUGUGAACAAACAUCCGAUUAUCAAAGUCCUGUGGACAGCAAAGAUCUGCCUAGUUCCGCACAAACUAGUGGCUGCUUAUCCAGGUCGGCCAGCGCCAACAUCUCCCGAGGCCUGCAGUUUAUACUUACACCAAAUGAGUUCAGCACGCAGACUUUCUAUGCUCUCAGCCCAACUAUGCAUAGCCAAGCAACACCGGUGCCAAUGAGUCAAAGCGAUGGACCGGCAAUGGUGGUCACCAACAACAUUACAAACCAAAUACACCAGGUGACCAAGCCGGUGGCCCCAACCACCUUACAAAUCCCCCCUCUCCCAGCCAUCAAACAUAUCCCCAAACCUGAGCCCAUACAGAUCAGCCCUGCCACCAUGCAGGAGAGUAUCUCUGAUGUCACUGCCUGCCUCGUUGCCUCAAAAGAAAGCGUUCCAUCUAUACAGUCAAACCCAACCAAGGAUCGUUCCCUGAGAAAAAGCUUUGACAUGGGAGGAGAGACCCUGCUGUCUGUUCGCCCUCCAGUGCAGAAAGAUUUGGGCAAAUCAUUAUCUGUACAAAACCUAAUCAGAUCGACAGAGGAACUGAAUGUGCAGCUUUCAGGUAGUGACUCGGGGGGCUCCAGAGGCAGCCAAGAGUUUUAUCCCAAAUGGAGAGAGUCCACUUUAUUUAUAACUGAUGAAGAAGUGGGCCUAGAAGAGACAGAAACUGAGACUUUGGAUAGCAUUUCUCAGUCUGCCAAGGAAACAGCUUUCCCUUCUGACUCUCUAAGGACUGGAAUGUCAAGAUCAUCUCAAAGCAUUUGUAAGGCAGGAGAAAGUCCAGAUGUACUCAGCUUGCCUCAAGUCAAACUUAAAUAAUUUCUUGAUUUUCUUUCUAGGCUUAGCACUUCCUUUAGCCAUACAUAUCAUUGCAUGAACUAUUUUGAAAGCCCUUUUUAAAAGAUAAAAUAAUGAGAAUCAGGAAGAAUAAGAAAGGCAGUUUAAGAGCCCAUUAUCUUCUAAUUGCAUGAAAAUGCAUGUUUCAGAGAUGGCUGAAAUUCCAAGGUACACCUACAUUAACCCAUUCAUUUAAUAAGGUACCAGAGGUUAAAAUCCUGAAGGAAAAAAAAAAUCUUACACAGCUAUGGGCUAGAUGAAAAAAGGAAAAAUUUGAGCAUUUAUGAAAAUUGAUACUGUAUUUUGAAAGUAUGGAAGUAAAAAUCUUAAAAUUUAAGGCAUUUUUGCUUCAUGGUUAAAUACAAAAAUGUUAUUUUCAAAACUGGGCCAUUGUGUAUGUUUAUAACUCAAAAGACUGUUUCCAACUGCUGGCAAGGUACCAUGAAAAGCAUAUGCGGGAAUAUUAGAAACGGCUACCAUCGCAAGAUAGAUGUGUCAUUCCUAGGCUAUCCCUUAAUAUACUUUAAAAUGUUGAUUUCUGUAAUUUGGGGGUGACAGUGUUGGGGUAAAUGAGUUUACGCACCAAACAUUCUUUUUCUAUGAAAUGUGCAAAUGAAAAAGUUUGAGGUCAGUGGAAAAAGCAAACAAAUUGGCCCAGUGUUUGGGGAUAUCAGGUUUAGAGAAAGCUCUUCCUUGAUAAUUGAAUCAACUGUGGCCAACCGAAUUGGUUGAUUCCAGGCUUGGGGCUGUAGCAACAACUGGCUUCUGCACAAUCAACCCACUCGACCAUAGGAUAACCCAGACUGGCCAGGAAGACAGCCAAAGUUAACUGGUCUGACUGCUGCAUGGUCCAGUUAUUUCAGUGAUGGGGGCACAGCCUCCCACCAAGUCAUGCCAAUGCUGCUUUUAAACUCUUCUGAAAUUAAUGUGUUUUAACAGUGGAGUUCUAAGGAAAUGGGAUAUAGGUCCUAUUGUUCCUUCUCUCCCAAGGGAGCUGUUUCUUUCCCACAAAGCUGACAGUGACAGGUAGAAUGCACACACACAAGAGAGAUGGAGAAUUUAGAUGGGUCUGAAGUAAGACAAGAAGUGAAUGAAAGGAAAGGACAGAACCAGG